CCUUCCGAAGUCCCUGCGAGCCGGACUGGAGACCCCGUGCCUAGGAAGGGCCAGGCCCUGGGUCGCUGUGGCCCUCGGGGUCUCCUCUGGGAGAGAGGGUUGGGCAAAGUGGCUCCAGGUCAGCCCUGGCCCCGCACCCGGCCCCCCCUACAGCCUUUCCUCUUUUCCAGUUUGACGAUGUCAUUGACAACAUCAUGCGUCUGGACAACGUGCUGGGCUACAUGAACCCUGAGCUGCAGAUGCCCAACACGCUGCCCCUGUCCAGCAGCCACCUGAACGUGUACAGCAGUGACCCCCAGGACACGGCCUCCCUGGUGGGCGUCACCAGCAGCUCCUGCCCCGCGGACCUGACCCAGAAGCAGGAGCUCACAGAUGCUGAGAGCCGGGCGCUGGCCAAGGAGCGGCAGAAGAAGGACAAUCACAACCUCAUUGAAAGGAGGCGUAGGUUCAACAUCAACGACCGCAUCAAGGAGCUAGGAAUGCUGAUCCCCAAGGCCAACGACCUGGACGUGCGCUGGAACAAAGGCACCAUCCUUAAGGCGUCCGUGGACUACAUCCGGAGGAUGCAGAAGGACCUGCAGAAGUCCCGGGAGCUGGAGAGCCACUCGCGGCGCCUGGAGAUGACCAACAAGCAGCUCUGGCUGCGCAUCCAGGAGCUGGAAAUGCAGGCGCGGGUGCACGGGCUGCCCACCACCUCGCCGUCGGGCGUGAACAUGGCUGAGCUGGCCCAGCAGGUGGUGAAGCAGGAGCUGUCCGGUGAGGAGGCCCCAGGGGAGACGCUGAUGCUGGGGCCCGAGGUCCCUGACCGCGAGCCGCUGCCAGCGCUGCCUCCCCAGGCCCCGCCGCCCCCAUCCGCAGAGCCCCUGUCCCCUUUCCAUCACCUGGACUUCAGCCACAGCCUCAGUUUCGGGGACGGGGGCGACAAGGGCCCCGCAGGCUACCCCGACCCCCUGGGGCCCGAGCACGGCUUCCCCGACCUGUCCAAGAAGGAUCUGGACCUCAUGCUCCUGGACGACUCCCUGCUGCCGCUGGCCUCCGACCCACUGUUCUCCACCAUGUCCCCUGAGGCCUCCAAGGCCAGCAGCCGCCGCAGCAGCUUCAGCAUGGAGGAGGGCGAUGUGCUGUGACACCGGUGGCCCCGCGCUGGGGACAGGGCCGCGUCCUCCCUCCCUCCCUCCAGGCAGCACCUGUGCGUGAAGCCGCCCGCCUCGCUCCCCGGUGGCCCCUGU